AUGGGGAACACAAGCGCAGCUGCACUUCAAUGUGGAUCUGAGGAAGGUGCGAUAGUCACAACAGUCGCGACACCCACUUCUCCAGCCGGUGAGAAAACGGACGAUCGCAGUAACAUAGGCGGACCCGACGAAGGUGCCAGCGUCACUGCCACUUAUCCGACAGGCGAGAACACAGGCUGUCGCGGGGCCGUAAAGAAGACUGCCAGUCGAGAACGAGAACUAAGAUCCAUGGGGGACACAAACGCAGCUGCACUUCAACUUAGAUCUGGCGAACGUGCGAUCGUCACAACAGUCCCAACGCCCGCUUGUCCGGCAGGUGAGAAAACGGACGGUCGCAGUAACAGAAACGGACCCGACGAAGGUGCCAGCGUCACUGCCACUCAUCCGGCAGGUGAGAACACAGGCCGUCACGAGGUCGUAAAGAAGAUUGGCAGCCUAGGACGAGAACUAAGAUCCAUGCGAACACGUGCGAUGACGGCUAGCGCCCGAACGCCGGCCCCAGACGAGAGGAAAACCCGUUGA